AUGCUGCAUGCGCAAUACAAAAGAAGCGCUAGCAUGAAAAGAAAAGGCGAAAUUGCGAUUGUAAAGACCCGAAACGAAUUAGAAUCUUCUUCUAACAUUAAUCAACAAAAAUAUUCUUAUUCAAAUCGCUACAAUCCUUACAAACAACAGAAAAAUUGGAAAAACAACGAUUUGAAAACUGGAAAUGCAAUGCGGAAGAAGGUUACGAAGGAUUUGGGAAGUAAAAGAAAUACAAAAUUAAUAAAAAUUGUUUUUGAUAAAAAAUUAAAUCUUGGCCCGGGAAUGUCGUGGAAAACUCCACGUAAACAUAUAAAAAUAUAUUAUUAA